AAUUUUAAUGCUGGUUCGAGUAUAGGUCCAGUUAAUGAUCAGGCAAGAUUAUUAUUUAAAACAAAUCGAACGUUGUUUACUGAAGACCAAAUUGACUAUUUAAAGGAAGUACGCCUAUGAUAAAACGAAUAUCGUCGUCCGCCAUAUGCAAGAUUUAAUUCAUGUAAAUAUAUAUCGCGUUUGUUUGUGUUCCAUUUCGUCUGUAUUGGGGUAAACAGUAGUUCCAAAUACAAUCAACGUAGAAAUAAAAAAGAAGAUUUCGAAUUGUCGUAGUUUAAACUAGGGAUUAGUAAACACAUUUAUCUCAAAAUACACUAAAACCGUAUUUACAUUCUUUGUAAUGAAUGUAAAACAAGAGCUAGAAGAUGCUUCCAUUAAAGAGGAAAAAUUUGAUAUCGAAGAACAUGAUAUCAAACAGGAAAACGAUGUAUAUUAUUUAAAACUAGCAUGUGAUGAUGUUAAAAUUAAAAUGAAUGAGAUGAUUUAUGACGAUGGCCUAGAAUGUAAAUUAGAAACAGGCCAAAAAAUAUAUGAGAUGCAUUCAGAUGAAACUUACUCUGGUGAUAAUUUUAAUGUUGGUUCGAAUAUAUGUCCAGUUAAUGAUCAGGCAAGAUUAAUAUUGAAAAAGAAUCAAACAACUUUCACUGAUGCUCAAAUUGACUGUUCAAAGAAAGGAACUUUAUCUCAACAGAAGCAUAUGAAGCUUGAAGGUAUUUCCAUUUGUAAGUUAUGUGGAAACUUGUAUGUUAGAAAAUUUCACUUCUACCAUCACCAUUUUACACAACAUCUUGUCAAGAAACCUCUUCGUAACAUAAUUCAGAAACAUAAGGUCAGAUUAAAACAAAAUGCAGUAAAUGAAUCUGUUCAAACAAUGAGUAUUUUAAAGAUGAAGGGUGCCAAUAAAAGUAAAUUAUGUGUGGAUCAGUUGCAAGAGUCAUUUAAUCAAAUUAAAUCACGUGCAACAAAAUCCACUAGUGAAAGUAGUUCAAUUAAAAAGUCUUGUAUUCAUAACGGAGAAAACAUCAAAUGUGACAUUUGUUUAAAAACUUUCUCACACAAAUCUAAAUUGGAUAUACAUUUGCUAAUUCACACUGGGGAAAAACCAUUCAAAUGCGACAUAUGUUUAAAAACUUUUUCACAGAAAUCUCAUUUAAAUGUACAUUUGCUAAUUCACACUGGAGAAAAACGAUUCAAAUGUGACAUUUGCUUAAAAACUUUCUUGUAUAAAUCUAAUUUGAAUGUACAUUUGCUAAAUCACACUGGAGAAAAACCAUUCAAAUGUGAUAUUUGUUCAAAAACUUUCUUACUAAAAUCAUACCUGAAAAUACAUUUGCUAAGUCACACCGGAGAAAAACCAUUCAAGUGCGACAUUUGCUUAAAAACUUUCUUACAUAAAUCUAAUUUGAAUGUACAUUUGCUAAGUCACACUAAAGAAAAGCCAUUCAAAUGUGAUAUUUGUUUAAAAACAUUCUCGCAGAAAUUUUCUUUAAAUAGACAUUUGCCGAGUCACACUGGACAAAAACCAUUCAAAUGUGACAUUUGUUUGAAAACAUUUUCAGAAAAACAUAAAUUGAAAAUACAUUUUCUAAGUCACACUAAAGAAAAGCCAUUUAAAUGCGAUGUUUGUUUAAAAACUUUCUCGCAGAAAUUUUCUUUAAAUAGACAUUUGUUAAGUCACACCAAAGAAAAGCCAUUAAAAUGUGAUGUUUGAUGUUUGUUCAAAAUCUUUUGCAUCUAAAUUUCCAGAAAAGCGGAGUUUGUACAACAAGAAACAACUGAGAAAACCCCAGGAAAAUUACACCGCCUUCAGUUGACGGUUUUGAGGGACAAAGAUAUCUCAUUUUGUGGAGAGCUUACAAACAUUGUUCCUAAAGUUAACAUGAUGCAGUAUUCUGUUUCAUGAAUUGGUUAGAUUUGUUUGUGAUAACCGAGAGAUUAAAUUCCAGAAAACAAGCCAAGAUCUUGGCAAACAUAUGUUUCCAACAGAACUGACAACAACUUAUCAACAAACCAACCAAAAUUCCCAAUCAAGUGACUUUGCUAGCUUCUUAGACCUAUUUCUAACAAUAGACCCUGAUCUGCACAAUGCGACUGUAUAUACACCAAUUGGAACAUCAAAUCACUAGUAAAUUACAGCAACGUGUACUGAAAAUCCAAACUUAGGAUCCACCUAGACUAUGUAAAGUUUGUCAUUAUAGGUUAAAUAGAAGCAUCUAAAGGAUUUCCUUGGAAUGUUUGCUUUAAUUCCAAUGGUCCCUUACUGUGAGCGAAUGGGAUUUUAAGAGUAAUCACUCAUUCGAGAGUCAAUCAAAAGCGAAAUUGCUGCUUAUCAUAAAGGGAGCACAAAUUCUAGUAUCCAGAAAUACAUACAAGCAGACCAUAGAUGCAUACAAUGAGAGAGUGAAAAGCAAACUUCUCAAUCUCCUAAAUGAUUCAAGAAAGUCGAAAUAAAUUUAUAGAAUCCAAUUUUGACCAAGAACGUCCAAUUUUUGAUUAUAUUAAACCCAUAAAACACCAUUUUGCACCAAUUGAACUUGGAAAAACCAAUUUUUGACCUAAUUAACUUUAAAACUUUUUCCAUAUUGUUUGAAGCACCAUAUCCACAACAUUCUAUACACAGUUUCCAAUUUAUUGUUAUUUUCUUUUAGAAUUUAAUUGUUUGCUGUAAAUUAAGUUUAUAUUUUGUAAUAAUAAAUGAUAAAAUGAAUUAAUAAA